GUUGGUGGUCAAGCCCGACCAAAAGUACGUCAAGGAACAAGUGCGACUCUGGGGAAUCAUCACCGGGCUUGGUGCCGCCGUACCACCCGCACAAGGAUACUUGGGGCGCUUUACCUGGCUAAUNUGCGUCGCCCAAUUAACCUUUCGGGGGAUGCCUCGUGAACAAACCGAUCGGGGUGGUAUGGGUAUUGCCUUCAACAGUGGUGGUGGCGGUGGUGGUCAUCGCAAAGUCGCCUUUGCUCUCGGCAUUUCCAUUUGGAUCUCCGGUGCCAUUCUCGUGUACAGUUUGAUCCCCACCUGGGCACGCGGACAACGAUGGACGGGUACGGUGGCGUUCGCCAUGCAAAACUUGAUCUUCGGGCUCGCCAGUUGCUACUUGCAACCGUACAAGGAGACGGAUUGUACCAUCAUCAGAGCCAGUGGCGUAGCUCUCACCAGUCGGGCCGCAGCGGAUACAGCGAAUUUGACCGUCGUGUCUCUUGUCGAGUUCGAGUUCUUCUCCAGUUUGAUAAUCAAAAGACACGAACCCACUACUCUCGCUCAGGCUUUCCCGGACGGCUUUCAGUCAUAG